AUGCUCAGACCACGACGAUGGGCGCGCCUGCUCGUCCGCCGCCUGCUUCCGCUCCUUCUCCUCCUCUCCCUCCUCCUCAUCGCCUCGAAGGACUCCCUCGCUCCGCACUUCGUUCCGGCAGGCUUGAGGGACGCCAAGUCGGUGCUUUGGGUCAUAUCGCAUCCCGAUGACGAGUCUUUCUUCUUUGCGCCGAGCAUCUUGAGUUUGCUGGAGACUGGCGAAGGACGACUGGGGAGCUUGCUAUGCCUCUCGGUUGGAAACCACGAAGGCCUGGGCCAGACGCGAGGAAAGGAGCUCAAAGCGUCGUGUCGGACGCUGGGCAUACCGGAAGAACGCUGCGUCGCUUUGGAUGACCCGACGCUGCCGGACGAUCCGACGGUGCGGUGGAGUACCGAAGCAGUAGAAGCGGCGGUCAGGGGGUACAUAGAGCGAUGGAGCGUAGACACGGUCCUAACAUUCGACGACUAUGGCGUCUCUGGGCAUGCCAAUCAUCGCGCUACCUCAGCCGCUCUUCAAUCCGUGGCCCGCUCUGACCCUGCCUUCCCGCCCGUCUACAUGGUCGAGUCGACUCCCCUGUUCGCCAAGUACACCUCCCUCGUUCUCUUGCCCUUCCACACCAUCCGGACCGUCCUCAGCCCGUCAACCGCCCUCUUCGUCAAUACGCCUCGGCAAUACCUCCAGACGCGGCGCUCCUUCGAUGCGCACCAGAGCCAGAAGAGGUGGUUUAGGGAGUUGUUCGUGUCGUUUAGUAGGUACUUGUGGUAUGUUUCGCUGAGAAGAGCCGUGUAA